AUGAAGAACCCCGCCCGGCUCUACAGCUAUCCGCAGACCAACAAGCAGCUGAUUGACCAUUACAAGCUGCAGCCGCAUCCCGAGGGAGGGUACUAUGCAUUGACCUGGGUCCAGGACGAGACGAUUCCGUCGCCCUUUGCGACCGACAAGGCCGAACGCAACAUCGCCUCGGUCAUCUACUACCUCCUCUGCCAGCCCGGACCGUCGCUGCCCGGCCCGCCUACGUCGGGCGACGAUGCCAAGCUCUUCCAGCGCUGGAACGCCGACAUCGGCGUCUUCCACCUCAACAAGUCGGCGACGAUGCACGUGCACCACGCCGGGAGGACGCGCUACACGCUCAUCUCGGCCAAGGCUCCGCUCGGAAAGGGCCUGGUCGACGAGCGAGGUCUGCCGCUGACGCGCGUCGUCACCAUGGGCGAAGACUUUGAGCGCGGCGAGGUGAGGCAGCUGCUCGUCGAGGGCGGCUGGUGGAAGGUCAGCGAGGUGCCCCCCGAAGAUCGUCGGGCGGUCGAGGAGCGCAGCGCGGAUCCACAGAGGGUCGGUGCGCUCAUCACCGAGUGCGUGACGCCCGGCUUCCACUGGGACGAUCACACGUAUCUCAACGUCGAGAGGCUCAAGGAUCUCUUCGCCGGGCCGCAUCAGGACGAGCAUGUCGAAAAGUAUCGUCAGUAUGUCAAGGACGAGUAA